AUGUUAUCUUGGUGGUCAGGCUCGCGCAAUCCUGCUCACAACCCACAAGAAGCUGUGGACGAUACACAGCUCGAGCCUCCCGAGACGCCUGCUCCCGUCUUCGCUGCCCGCGCCAUCAAGCACGCAAUCUUCGGCACACCCGCUCCACCCGAGACCGUCAAGCCCGCCAAGUUCGAACCCAAAGCUGAUCUCCCUGCCACUUCGCGACCUCUUCCCCCAAACUUCGGCCUCAAGAAUGCUGUCGAUUCCGAUAAACCAAGGCUUCCAGGUGGCAUUCUCUCAACGCCGGGCACCGUGAGAGACCGCAAGACUGUAUCGUUCGGCGCCCAGGUGGUUGACAACGAAGGCAAACGGACCAACGGAGGCGGUAGAAGUGGGAUCCCGAACAACUGCCCCGGAAAAUUUCCGAGUCCGUGGACACCGAAGGUCGAUGCUCUUGCCGAGGAGCCUGAAGAGGGACCCAGUUCAAGCUCCAAGCUUACUGCCAAACUGUACGCAGCACGGGACUCAUCCAAGCGCACCGAAGCCAAGACACAGCCGUCGGCACAAUCGUUAGCACAACCGCUAGCACAACCGCCUUUGAAACAAAAACCGCGGGCAAAAGAUGACGGCGACGUGACGCUAGACCUUAUGGAGCCUCGGUCCGAGUCUGGACGGUACUGGAAGGAGCAAUAUUUGGCAUUUGCGUUUGAGAGCGAGAAGGAGGCCCGAAAGAUCAUCAAGAAACUUCAGAUCACGAAGGAUUACGCUAGGAAGAAGGAUCACGAAGCUCUGGAGUUGAACGAAAAGCUAGAGGUCGAGCGAAGGCGCCAUGCACAGCGCGAGAAGGAGCUUGAAGCUAAGAACAAGGAUUACAAAGAACAAUUGAGGGAAGCCAUGGCCGAGAACUUCAAGUCAACCACCGAAAUUGCUACGCUCAAGAAACGUUUGGCUGUCUUGGAGGGAAAUGCGACGUCCGAUCUGCCCGCAGACUACAGUCUGCCAAAGACUGAGCUGGAACGCGAGUUUGAUCAGAUGAUGCUAGACCCACAGGAAGCAAGCCACUACAUGCUUGACGCCACGCCUGUCAAUGGUCGGAAUCGGUCGGAGAAGCCAAAACCAAAACCCGAGUCAAUUGAGCAAAAGCCGCUGACAAAAAAUACUUUGAUGCCUCCACCAAUGGAACAGCAAAGCCGACUGGGCGCUUCUCCAAGGCGUCCGCGCCGCUUCACGUCUGGAAAUAGAGCAGAUAAGCCUGCGACUUCUCGCGCGCAUGCGAAGACUGCAAGUACAUCGGCUGUCGAGGACCCUUGGAUGGCAAACGGAGACUCCGUUGUGGAAGCGAGGCCAAUCAAUCCUGUUUCGCCAGUGAAAAGGCCCGGCCACCGGACUGCUGUGCCUUCCGAAGCACAAGCUGCUACCAAUCCAAGGCGGGUGAAGAGUGACCGCCAUCUUCAAUCUAUGGCCAAUCCCUCGGUUUCAACUUCUGCCAAACCCUCCAACGGCCUUACAUCAGAAGAGACACGCAGGAAACUAGCUAGAGAACGCGUCAUGCAAAAGAAGCGGGAACGGGAUAUGGGCAAGGAAAACGCCGGACCCAAUGCCGCAACAUUGCGUUGA